CUUCCUCCACGGCAGAAAUCAAACGACUCAGGAAGGGAGAUUUCGCCCAAGGUAAAGAUGAAAACGGUCAACUUCAACUGUCAGACGUCUGCCCCAAACAAUCAUGGCUACCUAAUCCCACAAAGGUUGCCACACACCUAACUAAAAAUGGCUGGUCCAAGGCUUCACUAUCGGGGUGCUUUCCUGCCCAACUCCAAAAUGGCGCUCACUGGCCUCUCUACAAGUUGCAAACUUUCCCAGUAUCCUCUCUGGCUUAAUCGUCAGGUGACGCGAGCCUCAGCCGGAAGUGAAGGAAAAAGCGCUUCAGCCCGCGGCGCCUGCGCAGAAGGCUCCAGACGCUGAGAGGCAGGAGGCACUUGGGAUCGUCCGCAGGGUUUGGGACUGCUACAGAGGCCGCCACGGAGCCCGCCGGAGCCACCGUUCCUGCUGCUGCUGCUGCCGCCGCCCGAAUCGGAACCGUCGGGCUGCAGCCGCCGGCAAUGCCGCGAAGGAAGAGAAAUGCAGGCAGUAGUUCAGAUGGAACCGAAGAUUCCGAUUUUUCUACAGAUCUCGAGCACACAGACAGUUCAGAGAGUGAUGGUACAUCACGACGUUCUGCCCGAGUCACUCGCUCUUCAGCCAGGCUAAGCCAGAGUUCUCAAGAUUCUAGCCCUGUUCGAAAUUUGCCAUCUUUUGGUGCUGAGGAGCCCGCAUAUUCUACCAGAAGAGUGACCCGUAGUCAGCAGCAGCCCACCCCAGUGACUCCAAAAAAGUACCCUCUUCGGCAGACUCGCUCAUCUGGCUCUGAAACGGAACAGGUGGUUGAUUUUUCAGAUAGAGAAACUAAAAACACAGCUGAUCAUGAUGAGUCACCUCCUAGAACUCCAACUGGAAAUGCACCUUCUUCUGAGUCUGACAUCGACAUCUCUAGUCCCAAUGUGUCUCAUGAUGAGAGCAUUGCCAAGGACAUGUCCCUGAAGGACUCAGGCAGUGAUCUCUCUCACCGUCCCAAGCGCCGUCGAUUUCACGAAAGCUACAAUUUCAAUAUGAAAUGUCCUACGCCAGGCUGCAACUCUCUAGGACAUCUUACAGGAAAACACGAGAGACAUUUCUCCAUCUCAGGAUGCCCGCUCUAUCAUAACCUCUCAGCUGACGAAUGCAAGGUGAGAGCACAGAGCCGGGAUAAGCAGAUAGAAGAAAGGAUGCUGUCCCACAGGCAAGAUGACAACAACAGGCAUGCAACCAGGCACCAGGAACACAGACAGACCUAUGGGAACACUCGGGAGCCUCUCUUGGAAAAUCUGACAAGCGAAUAUGACUUAGAUCUUUUCCGAAGAGCACAAGCCCGGGCUUCUGAGGAUUUGGAGAAGUUACGGCUUCAAGGCCAAAUAACAGAGGGGAGCAACAUGAUUAAAACAAUUGCUUUUGGGCGCUAUGAGCUGGAUACUUGGUACCAUUCUCCCUAUCCUGAAGAAUAUGCACGGCUGGGACGUCUCUACAUGUGUGAAUUCUGCUUAAAGUACAUGAAGAGCCAAACAAUACUCCGCCGACACAUGGCCAAGUGUGUGUGGAAACACCCCCCUGGUGAUGAGAUAUACCGCAAAGGCUCCAUCUCUGUGUUUGAAGUAGAUGGCAAGAAAAACAAGAUCUACUGCCAAAACCUGUGCCUUUUGGCGAAGCUUUUUCUGGACCAUAAGACGUUAUACUAUGAUGUAGAACCUUUCCUGUUCUACGUUAUGACAGAAGCAGACAAUACUGGCUGUCACCUGAUUGGAUAUUUUUCUAAGGAGAAGAAUUCAUUUCUCAACUACAAUGUGUCCUGUAUCCUCACCAUGCCUCAGUAUAUGAGACAGGGCUAUGGCAAAAUGCUCAUUGAUUUCAGUUAUUUACUUUCCAAAGUGGAAGAGAAAGUAGGCUCUCCAGAGCGCCCCCUGUCGGACCUGGGGCUCAUAAGCUACCGAAGCUACUGGAAGGAAGUGCUGCUUCGGUACCUGCACAACUUUCAGGGCAAGGAAAUUUCCAUCAAAGAAAUCAGCCAGGAAACAGCUGUGAAUCCCGUGGACAUUGUCAGCACUCUUCAAGCCCUUCAGAUGCUCAAGUACUGGAAAGGCAAGCACCUAGUUUUGAAGAGACAGGACCUGAUAGAUGAAUGGAUAGCCAAAGAAGCCAAAAGGUCCAACUCCAAUAAAACCAUGGAUCCAAGCUGCUUAAAAUGGACCCCUCCCAAGGGCACUUAAAGUGACCUGUCAUUCUGAGCCAGCGAGCCCCAGCAGUAGGAAUCCGUACCCUAGGGAUCUGUCUGUCAUUUCUGUUGCUCUUGUGAUUGGCAAGUACAGUAUCCUUUGGGAAGGCCACCCCCUCAGGACUGUCCUGGCUCCGACCUUCGUGUACACUGCAGACACUGGUUCUGAGGAACUGUUGUUUCGGCCUCAGUGAGGUUGCCUGGACGGAUCUGUAUUAGGCUCAAGUACAGAUCCUCAUAGCACUGACCCAGGAGUUGUGUUAUGGUACUGUACCUGUCCAGUCACUGGUUCCCUCAUAUUCGUUAGCCCCGUGAGGUUUGUUGUGUCCUGAACUUUGUGCUAGUGCUUUUUCCUGCCUGGUUACCAGACCUCCAAACAUGGUCGCAACCGAAGAGCCCUUUGCAGUUAUUCCUUACACAUUCUUCAUGAAGGGGCGGGGAAGAGGCAGCACUUAGAGUAAUGUCUGUCUCCUGGGAGGGUCAUUCAUCCUGGAUUUCAUUUCACUGUCACUUAUUUUUCCAUUUUGUCAGAUGACUUGCCUUUGGUCAGGGUCAGAGUGGCCCGAGCUAGGUAUUCCUAAAUCGUUUCCCAGGGAAUCACAUCAGCUGGUCCAUCCGAAUGAGACAGGGUGAAGAGGAAGAGGCGGUGAUUCCAAAUUUUUCUUUGUGUUCACUCACGGGCACUGGGCAGUAUCUUACUGGAAGGAAAUGGGUAAUUCUUUUUUCACAGCAGAAAGUACCCCCUCUUUUUAUUUCCUGCCCCCUUUUAUGUUGGCAGUUGCCUAGUAUUUUAGCAGUUUUCUUUCAUGCCACAUGGUAGUUGAUUAAUCACAUGCAGAUAUUUCCACCUGCCUUUGCCAGUCUGGUGUAGGGCAGAUACACUUCCACAUAAGUUGCACUGAUUUUGUCCAGAGCUUCCUGGGAGAAGUGGAAAGUGGUUGAAAAUGAGUUCUGUUUCUCAGCCCAUUACUCAGCAAGACAGGGGACACACCGCUACGGUUUGCUUCCCUUCAACAGUGCCUCCCCCUACAACAGGCUGAAGUGCUUCUGUCCCUCCAAGAACUUCAUUGCCCUUUUAGAACUUGCCACCAUCAUCCUGUUCUCUGGUUUCCUAUUUUUGGUGGUGUUAAGUGAAGGAAGAAAUGUUCCCUCUAAUUUCUCUCUGUCCCAUUAUAUAACCUGCUAUCUUGGGGGCAGCUUUUGAUGUCUGACAUGUCACCCUUCCCAACUUGGUCUCCUGCAGCACUGCUGUCUUCACGUGGCACCCUCACCACAAUCCUAACUCUGGUCAUUUGUGCCUUUCUCUUGUCAUCUCUGUACACUACUAAUAUCCACUGUGGGUUGGAGGGAGCUGAUCUUAAGCAUGUUCAGUGGCAGCUCCCCUCCAGUUUCAGUGUCACUGUUAACAUUUAUCCAAAUGCUGUUCACUGGGGAUUUUUCUUAAGGGAUAAAGGCCUUUUACAGAUGCUGAACCCUUCCCCACAUGUGGUAGAAUGUGCUCUUCUUUAUCUACUCAAUAAAGCAUGUUCUCUGCUCA